GUGAAAGAGAAGGUUCUCCGAGGAAUGGAGAGCCUUGCGAUUUCUUUCUCAUCGCUGCAGAUCAAGUUGUUGUUGCUUCUUAGUGGUUGUCGUUGUUUUGUUUUUUUAAAAGCAAGUUUCUAGUCCUGAUGGGUACGACAUACGUUUCCUAGGCACUCGGGGGAGGGGGUGGAGAUUAAUUGCUCUCCCUCUGGGUUUUGGGUUUUGCAACAUUCAGCCCCGCUGGUCAAACAGGCGCACGUUUGGAGGGGAGAACGCGGCCGCCUCUCUCUGUUCCCUUUCGUCUCAGCCCAGUCACGAGUGUAGCUGUUUUGCAAACCUUAAAGAGGCUGCUCACCAAACCCCCAAAAUCCCAGCAUGGAUUCAACUCCUGUUUUUCCCCAAGUCUUCCAGCCCCUCAUGAAUGAUAAGAUGAAUCUUUCUAAGCUACGGCUGAAGAAGUUUUAUGAGGGUGAGCCGCUGGCACUGGGGAUCACACAGAUAUUUAUAGGACUUAUAGGAAUAGCUUUUGGGCUUGUGAUGGACCACCUGGAAAUGUUCAGAACAGAUUACAUGGACUUGACGACACCAUAUUGGACUGGCAUCUUGUACGUCAUUUCAGGAUCCCUGGCUGUGGCAGCUGCCAUGAAACCAAGGAGGCCACUGGUGAAUGGCAUGCUGGGGAUGAAUGUGGUGAGCACCGUGGCAGCUGGCAUUGGGAUGAUUGUCCUCUCUGUCAGUCUGGGCGAUUACCCUAGAUGGUACUAUAUAAAUAUAUGUGAACCGCUUGAUGGGUAUUCGGAUGACAGCUGUUCUGAAGCCCAAACGUACUCAUAUGGGGCAGUGUAUGCAAUCCUGGUUUUUCUCCUGGUUCUCAACAUCCUACAGUUCUGCAUUACUAUCUCCACUGCUGCCUUCGGGUGUAAAGCUACAUGCCAGAAUGGCUACACCAAUACGGUUGUGGUGGUGUAUCAGAACGUGACCCCAGGCAAUGCUGUUAGCCUGCCUGCUGCUUGCAAAGAUCCUGAGAUCCCCUGAAUUGCUGUUCCUUCAACCCAUCCUUCCAGUACUGCCAUCUCUAACUGCAAAUCAAGAGCAAAUAGAUUAUAUACUUAUGGACCAAGCAAGUUCUCUUUGAACUAAUCCCAGAAUAUCCCUUUAAUCAGUUGAAUACAGUGGAUAUUAUGAACUGUGCAAAACACCAUGACUAGGGUGACCAUAUGGAAAGGAGGACAGGGCUCCUGUAUUUUUAACAGUUGUAUAGAA